GUGAGGACGUUAAUGCUCCAUUGCGGAGGCUGCCGCUCGCCAUAUUGUGCUGCUGGGGCUGCGGCUUCUCCACCGGCGAGAGAGGAGGGCGACAGGAGCGAGCGGCGCGGUGAGUGCGCCAUGUCUCAAGCUGUGCAGACGAAUGGGACGCAGCCUUUGAGCAAAACGUGGGAGCUCAGUUUGUAUGAACUGCAAAGGACACCUCAGGAAGCUAUCACUGAUGGCUUGGAAAUAGUGGUGUCACCCAGGAGCCUGCACAGUGAACUGAUGUGUCCCAUCUGUCUGGAUAUGUUAAAAAACACCAUGACAACAAAAGAAUGUUUGCAUCGUUUCUGUGCUGACUGUAUUAUUACAGCCCUCAGGAGUGGCAACAAAGAAUGUCCCACGUGUCGUAAGAAGCUCGUUUCAAAAAGAUCACUAAGACCAGAUCCCAAUUUUGAUGCUCUCAUCAGUAAAAUCUACCCAAGCAGAGAUGAGUAUGAAGCUCACCAGGAGAGAGUGCUAGCAAGAAUCAGCAAACACAAUAACCAGCAAGCUCUAAGUCACAGCAUUGAGGAAGGUUUAAAGAUCCAGGCUAUGAACAGGCUACAGAGGGGCAAGAAGCAGCAGAUUGAGAAUGGCAGUGGAGCAGAAGACAACGGUGACAGUUCACACUGCAGCAAUGCCUCCACACACAGCAAUCAGGAAGCAGGGCCUAGUAACAAGAGGACCAAAACAUCAGAUGAUUCUGGGCUGGAACUGGACAAUAACAACACAACAGUGGCAAUAGACCCAGUGAUGGAUGGUGCCAGUGAGAUUGAGCUGGUCUUCAGGCCUCAUCCAACCCUCAUGGAGAAUGAUGACAGUGCACAGACAAGAUACAUCAAGACCUCAGGCAAUGCCACAGUUGAUCACUUGUCCAAGUACCUAGCUGUGAGACUGGCCUUGGAGGAGCUUCGGAGCAAAGGAGAAUCAAACCAGAUGAACCUUGACACAGCCAGUGAGAAGCAGUACACUAUUUACAUUGCUACUGCCAACGGGCAGUUCACUGUAUUAAAUGGGUCGUUUUCCUUGGAACUGGUUAGUGAGAAGUACUGGAAAGUGAACAAACCCAUGGAACUGUACUAUGCUCCCACAAAGGAACACAAAUAAGCUGUGCUGGAAGAGUGAGAUGAGAUUAAUUCCUUUUCUACUUCUUUAAUAUGAAAAGAAGGCACCACCAUUAUCUUCAUGGACAACACAAGAUGCCUUCCAGCUGUCUCAGUGUACUUAUUAACAUGAUUAGACAGUAUUCUGGGUUGUAUUUAAUUUCAUUUUGGGUUUUUGGUUCUUCCCUUGUAGACUAAAUGACCUUCUCCAGUGCAUUCCAAUGUUUGACAUGUUUUUGUUUUUUUUUUCUCCCAGUGCAUGAUAACUGAAGGGUUGUUUUGCCUUGGAAUGUCUUAAUUGUGUCCAGGUCAAUCUGGCUUUUUAAUGCAUUUGACAGAGUUGCAGCAGCCUCUGGGCACUGGACAGCUAAGUCAGUCUAUUCCCUAGUAUCAUAAGCCAAGGAAUGUGUUAUAUUUGCUAAUGGUUCUCCCUACAGAAGAUUGAUAGAGGUGAGUCCCAAGUCUUGCAGCUAGAAGUCAUCUGACUCCCUGGAAAAGAUUUACUUAGUCAUUUAAUUGUGCAGAAAGCAGUGAGAAAACUGACACUUUAAAACCUUGCAAUUUAUUGGUUAAUGUGUCAGUGCAAGGUGAUUCCUGAGAUUGGUUUGCUUUUUAAUUAAUAUAUCAGUCAAAAAAAACCCCAAAGUCAUAACUCCUUCCCAUGUAGAACAUCCCAGUUGUCAUCUGGUUCCCAGUGCAGAAUUAACCUCUCUUCACAGGCUUAACUGAAGAAAAUCUGGAGGUUUUACAGCCCUAUUCUGUUCCCUAUAAUAAGAUUUUUCUCGUGAAUGUAUUAGAAUGUUCUGUAAAGAUCUACCUGCUUUCUAAAAGCAAUUCACUGAAAUUCAAAAGACAUAAAUGCAACUUUAUGGAUUUCUGCCAUCCCACCUCUGACCUUAUCUGGGUUUCAGUUUGAGUGGGGAGGACCACAACCAGAAGCUGCUCCAAGACUGUAUUUAUCCCCAACCCCCCCUUUUUUUUUUCCCUGCCAUAGCUUUAACAAAUAUUAGCACUUUGGAAGACAAUUUUAGUACUUGACAAAAGUUUACCAUUUAGUGUCUUAAAUUUAGGUUCAAGUUUAAAACCUGGUGAAGCCCAGCAUAGCAGCUCCUGUUCAUAUGCAUGUUAAGCCCCUCUUGCUCUGGCCCUUGCUGUCACUUUGGGGGGUUGCAUGACCUAUCAGCAUCCUGUCUGAAGGGAAAAGGUGUUGCUGGGAGAAUCCCUUUACUGUAGGACUUGCUGAUAAAACCUUCACCCCUUUGCAUCUGAAGCUAGAAGCAAAAAAAUGUUGUUGAUAGGCAAGAGGUGAUAGUUUAAACUAUUCAAAUAUGGCCUUGCUUCUUCUUUGUCUCACCCAUAGUUAGACUGGUUUUGGUGUGGUACUCAAAUAUUGAGAUGCUUGGGGACUGCUUUGGGGAGGAAGCACCUUUCCCUUUCAGCACUUCUGUUUCUCAAGCCCAGCACUUGUAAAAAUGCAUCCAUUCCCAGUGCUCCUUCUGAUCAGCUUUAUCCCAAUGUGAAAACUGCACAGGCUUCUUUCAUCAAGUUACUAAUUUUUUUUUUCUUUUUUUUUUUUGUGACAUGAAACAGUUCCCAGAGCACAGAGGGAAGAGUUUUUAAAGAAAGUAAUUUCUCAUGACUUUCUGGUGAAACACUGCAUUGUACAGAUGAGUAGUGCAUGUCCACUAAAUAUAAUCUAGGGGGUGAGGAAAGGGUGAUGAGAAAUGAUUUAAAAUUCCUGGGGAAACUUCUAGAUUAAUUGCAGCAAUCUUCCCAUUGUGAUAGCUAAGGUAACAACCCCUUCAGCAAGAGAGGUGUGUGUGAAGCUAUGCAGUCUGUCAAUGUGUCCCAAGUUCUUUAAAAAGUCUGGGAGAAUGUGAAGCUUUUCAUGUUGUAGUGAAUUUACUGGGUAUUUAUGUUCUUAAAAUAUUAUAUACAUAUAUAUAAUGUAGUUGUUUGAUUAAACCAUUGAUUGCACUGUGAUUCUUUAGUGCUAAAAACUAUUUUAUUUACUUUACUCUUCCACCAUUUAAAGCCAGGCUAUUUUUGAAGUAUGUAAUGUGGUUUUAGGUAUGGGUCAGCCUAAUGGCUCUAGUAUCCAACUGAAGUCACACUGAAGUUCAAAUUGACAAUAAAAGCAAAAAAACUUUACCAACAACCAAUUGGAAUGCCAUAUAAUUCAUAAAGGUAAUGCUUUGAAUGGCUUUUGUUAGUGCUGCCAAGUUUGUGACUGUCUAGUGGAAGGGGCAUGAAUGAGGAAUGCAGAGGUUGUGUAUUAAUCAGCUUCAACAGAAAACAGUGCAACAACUGCAACUGAUCACUUGGCUUGAGGUACACUAUUAAAAAAAGUCAAGUUCUGUU